AUGGAGAGGAGCUCAAAUGCCUCACAGUGUAGAAACUCCGAUCGUGGUGGUCUUGGAGUCCACAAACACCUUGCUGGUCAGAAAUCAUAUGUGCAAAUUCAUCAAGAAAUGGAGGAAGAAUUGGGCCGUCCGGUAUCAUUUGCAGAAGUGUUCAUGAAGACACAUACUCAAGCUGACGGAUCGUUUGUUGAUCAAAAAGCUAAACAAGUAGCUGAAGCUUAUGACAAAACCUUAGAGGAGAAAUUGUGUGAAGUGGACGAUGAUGAUCCAGAAAAUUCAGGGAAUUCUUCUGAACGUUCAAGUCAUCGUAAUCUCAGCAUUGAGGAAAAGAAUGAAAUCUUUCUAAAGUGUACUCAAACAGAUGAGAAGGGAAACCUUUUUGGUCUUGGAUCUAUGGUUGAGACACUUAGAAAAGGGAAAAGGAAAGAAAGCUAUGCAGAAUCUUCUCCAUCAACACCAACACUUCUCGAGCUUCAAGAACAACUUCGCAACAAGAUAGCUCAUCUAGAUGCUGAGAAUGCCCGACGUGAUAAGGAGCAUCAAGAAUCUCAAAUGAAGACCAACGAGCUUCUCAUCUAUAUGAAAGAGAAAGAUCCAGGAUUUGAUACUUUUAUUGCUUCCUUGCGACCAACCGCACCUGAAGACUCCACACCUGAAGACAUCAUACCACCAGCCACCGGGUCAGGUACUCACCAGCCACCACCUUAG